AUGGAUUGCGCUUGCAACUUUCCGACGGAUGCUCGCCGUCGGUACCAAGAUCCUGACCGGAAAGGUCUUACCAUUAUGAUAUACCGGAACUUCAUCUGGUAUCUCCCUGACCGCCCGGAUUCUGAUUUUAAUGAAGGCAGAGCUCCAGGAAUUCCAGUCGAUAUCGAUGAACUCACCGAAAAAAUCACCGAUGGACUUGAAGAGUUGAGCACUCUUAAGAUGGAGAGGGAUUCCAUAUGCCAGAAUCCAAGUCACAUCUUGGAAAGAUAUGAUGUUGCGACCAUUUUCCGAGUUCCAGAGGGAGAGAGUAAUUCUAAAAUUGCUGAACCGAAUGUCGCCGAGCUCCUUAAUGUGAGCAGCUUCGGAUGGACCAGGGCAAAUUAG